UCCUCACAGGUACUGAACUAUGGCAAAUAAAGAGGAACAAGACAGCUUGCAAGAUAUUUCUGAAAGGUUGAGUAGUGUUCACCUAGAAAAAGACAUCCCUUUCACUGGAGAUGACGAGCUUGGUAGUACCAGGAAACCUCGAAGGAGACUCGUUAUUCAGUCUCUAUCUCUUGAAAACUUCAAAUCUUAUGCAGGAAACGUUACUGUUGGACCGUUUCAUAAAAACUUUUCGGCUAUUGUUGGACCAAAUGGUAGUGGCAAGUCCAACGUCAUUGAUGCGAUGUUGUUUGUCUUUGGAAGGAGAGCAAAGCAAAUGAGACUAAACAGAGUAUCGGACUUGAUUUAUUCAGCUUCAAACCUUCAAAAACAACCUCAACAAACAUCAGUCACUGUGAGUUUUUGCGAGAUUUUCGACGAAGUUUCGACAGAAGAGCAGAACUCUAUCGUACCAGGAUCAGAGUUUGAAGUCAAAAGAACUGCAUUUAUGAAUAACACUUCUAAAUAUUUCCUAAAUGGAGAAAACACCCCGUAUAGUGAGAUUCGUGAGCUACUUCUUUCGAAAGGUGUGGAUUUGGAGAACAACAGAUUUCUUAUCCUGCAAGGUGAAAUAGAGCAAAUUGCUCUUAUGAAGCCAAAAGCAACUGCAUCUCACGAAGAAGGAUUGCUGGAAUAUCUGGAAGAUAUAAUAGGUUCGAAUAAAUUCGUUGAGGCAAUCGAACAAACAUCUCAGAAGAUUGAAAGCCUAAGCGAGGAAAGAACACGCGUCCUGAAUAAGGUAAAGGCUCUCGGAAAGGAACUAAAAAACUUGGAGUCUUCAAAGGAAGAAGCCAAAUCCUAUUUACAAAUACAAACUGAUAUGCUGCAACAACAAGGACUCAAGUGCCAGUUGAUGAUAAGAAAUUCGCAGCUAGGAAAACAACGAGCUCUAGACAAGUCUCAGUAUUUGGAUGAAGAGUUGCACAAGCUUAAGGAAACUAAUGUUGCAAUCAAAAACAAGAUGACAGAAUUGGAAGAAAGAUACAAGGAAGCAUGCUUAGAACAUGAGCAAGGGGUCAAUCAUUUAAACGAACUAAAGGAUCAGUUCUCGAAAUUUGAGCAGGACGAUGUUAAAUCGAGAGAGGAACUCAAGCAUUUAUUGAAAAUGCAAAAGAGCAUUUUGGCAAAGAUUGAAGAAAACAAAGAAACAAUACAAAGAGAAAGGUCAUCACUAACAACAAAUGAAAAUCAUCUUCAGGAAAUAGAGGCAGAGCUUGAAAGACUGAAAAUUCAAUUAGCGAAGGAAGAAGACAUUCUGCAACAGAUCUACUAUCAACUCCGACAUUCGACAGCAGACAUUCGCGAUGAGAUGUUAACUGUAAAAGAAAGUUUAACCCAAAAAAAGACCCAACUUGAAACUCAACAGGACGCACUGAAGGAACUCGAUGAUGCAAUUGAGGAAGUUUCAAGUAGAAUAGAUGAACCUGAACGACUACUUAAAGAAACUACCGAAAGAAUUUUCAGUUUAGAUGACGAGAUGAACAAAAUUCAAGCUAAUAUUCAGCAAGUGAAGAGUGCCUAUGCAGCACAUCAAGUGGAUGACCUUCGGAAGCAGAAACGCGAACUUCAGCUUAAAGAAGAGGAACUGGAACAGAAGAUCUCUAAAAUAAGAGUGCGAAUGGAAGCUUCCAAAAUGGAUAACAACAGAAAGCAGAACAAAAACAAAAUGUACGAAGCAUUACGAGCAGCUGUGAAAGAAGGCAUUUUGUCCGGUUUGCUAGGCCGUCUAGCUGAUUUGGGUACGGUGGACGAAAAGUAUGACUUUGCAGCUGGAGCGGCAAUCGGCAUGAGUGCCGAACACUUGGUCGUAGAGACCGCUGAACAAGCAGAAAAAUGUGUUGCUUUCCUAAAGUCGAACUCACUUGGAAGAAGUACUUUCAUUAUUCUCGAAAAAAUACAAUAUCUUCAAGAAAAAUUGGAAUCGCCUCAGAUCGUAAAAGGCAGUAAAAGGCUGAUAGAUUUGAUAAACGCUGAAAAUGAAAGAGCCAGAUUGGCUUUCUACUUUGUGCUACGAGACACUUUAGUGGCUCCUAAUUUAGAUGAAGCAACAAGGCUUGCUUAUCAACCUACCAAACGGUACCGUGUGGUGACACUUGCGGGACAAUUGAUUGAGCCGGCAGGUACUAUCAGUGGGGGUGGCAACGUCAAGAUUUCCUUCAAGCAAUUUCAGUCAUCUGCAACUGUUGACGCAAAUUCGUUGAAAACUUUGACAGACUGUUUCAAUGAGGCCGCUGAAGAGUUGAACAGGGUUCGUGUGGAAAUCCAUGAUAUGAAUAUCCGUGAACAGCAAGAGGUGACAAAGUUAGAUGAGUUAACAAUUGACAAGGAUAAAUAUGAACUGGCUGAGAAAUCACUAUUAGAACAAAAGAGAGAGCUUGAAAGUCGGGUAACAAGUUUGAAACGUCAGCAAGGAGACGAAACCAACUCCAGCUUGCGAAGACAACGAGAAUCCCUGGUCACCCGAAGAGAAGAAACCCUGAAAAUGCUUGAGCAGUCAAUACAAGAAACAACAAAAUUGGAAGAGCGGUUGAAAGUUUUGGAUGAACGCAUAAAUGAAAUUGGAGGAGAAGCACUCGUAAAUGCGAAAUCUAAUGUUGCUUCAUCAGAAAUCAAAAUACAAAAUUUCGUUAAGGAGAGAGCUAAUGCUCGAUUUGAAAUGGAAAAAGCUCGGAAAUGUAUUGAAAAUGCAGAAUUAUAUAUUUCUGAAUUGGAAAAAGAACUUUCUUCCGUCGAGGAGCAGAUUCAUUCUAGAAAAGAGCAUCUUGAAGAUCUUGAAAGUAAAGCUUUGACUGUUCUAGAAAAUUAUAGACACUGCGAAGAAGAACAAAAGGAACGAGAAGGGAAGUUGUCAAAAGUGAAGCAGGAAUACGAAUCUUAUAAGAUGCAGACUGCAUCUGCUAGAAAAGACGAGUCCCGACUUGAAAACCAAUUGGAUGAUUUGAAGAAGAAAAUCCAAGACAUGGACGCAAAAAUUGUAUAUUGGACAAAAGAAGCUCGAUCGCUCAAACUUAAGGUUGAAGAGCAUAUCGUGGACUUAGAAAACGCCGGUAUUCCUAUUUGUAAUGGCAUAGAUGAUUUCUUUUUGGAUGCAGAGACAUACGAAACCCCUAAAAACUGGGAAGAUGCAAUAGACAAGAAAGUGCAGAAACUCCAAGAGGAAAUGAAAAAGUUGAAUCCCGACAUGACAGCAAUUAUGACUUACCAAGUAAAAGAGACAGAAUAUAACAAACUUGUUACAGAGUUGGACACUAUUUCGAAUCAACGUGAUACCCUUCGUAGAAAUUAUGAUUCACUUCGCAAAGAAAGACUUGAAACAUUCAUGAAAGGUUUCUCAAUUAUCUCCAAAAAACUUAAGGAGCUUUAUCAAAUGAUAACUCUCGGUGGCGAUGCAGAAUUAGAACUUGUUGAUGCCUUGGACCCAUUUUCAGAAGGUGUGAUAUUAUCUAUUCGUCCUCCCAAGAAGAGUUGGAAGACCGUUUCUAAUCUUAGUGGAGGUGAAAAAACUUUGUCUUCUUUGGCUCUCGUCUUUGCUUUGCACCACUUUCGACCUGCCGCUCUAUAUUUCAUGGAUGAAAUAGACGCUGCUUUAGAUUUUCGCAACGUUUCUAUCAUAGCAAAUUACAUCAAAGAACGCACAACCAAUGCUCAGUUUAUUAUUGUGUCCUUACGAAACAAUAUGUUUGAGCUGGCCAAUAGGUUGAUCGGCAUUUAUAAGCCCAAAAAUGAAACGAAGAGCGUAGCAAUGAAUCCACAUUUAUUCGGAGACAUUCAUGUAUACUAAAGCGUAUAUGGACCAGAGAGCAGGUGAAAAUUAGCUUCAAUGUUAUCUGCUCAACGUUUCAACUGCUAGGACUGAGUCUCGUGUUCUCAAUCCAUUUGUUUCUUGUCUUCCACGUUUAAGCUGCAUUGUGUUGAAGAUAUAAAUGAAUGAAUGAAUAAAAUGCAACAAAAAGAGCAAAAGUUUGAAAGAAGGAAGCUUAUACUUUAGAUAUGAGUGAAACAAGUCAUAUACUUCCUCUUCAUUCCACGCACUUGAUUAUGUGAUUCUGAAUAUACCUUGGAAUGCGAAUCAUAUUCUCCAUUGGAAGUUUCUACAAUCCAGCGUACAUGUCGAAUGUACUCAAAGCACAUGAAAAUUUAUGGUUCCUUCAUUGUGCAACCAAACAAUUUUCUUGCAGACAGCAAAUGCUGAAACGUGCCGCCAAUCUCAAACGUGCAACCCACAACCUUCGAAUGGAACAAAUAUGAAUAUGGUUUGAAACCUCUACACAGCAUUUCAAGUUAUCGAUUUAUAGUUUAAUAUGCCAAUGCAAUUCCAACCAGGCAAGUAAUGGAUGAUGUUUCAAGAAAUACAAACCUUUGUCUAUUAGGUUACCAUGAAGUUGUCUUUCUUCUUAACUGAUUACUGGAAACUGCCAGCUUUCACUUAGCUGCUCAGUGGUUAUUGUC